AUGACUCGGUAGAUCUAUGCAUCCCGUAAUUCACCAUAAGUCCUCUGCUUCCUUGUCUGCCUACCUAAAAUUUCAAACAAGAAACCGAGAAGAAGAAUGGCCGGAGGAGGGUUCCUGUCUUCCAUCAUCACCAUGGUGCUAGACAAGCUGCAUAGCUUGGCUUCAUUGUCAACGUCAUCUUCUUCUUCGUCGCCCCACAACAAUAUUGAACAAGAGAUGAGUAAGCUGACAGAGACGAUGAGGAGGAUUCAAGCCAAACUUGAUGACACAGAGGAGGAGAAUCGUGCAAAAAGUCACUCUGAGAAGCUUUGGCUUAGCGAGCUUAAAGAUGUUGCCUAUGAUGCGGAAGACGUAGUAGCAAAAUACGAGUACGAGGUGCUGCGUUCCAAACAACUGCAUGAGAACAGCAGUUGGACACAAGAGGAUGAACUAGCAAAUAAAGCUGCCGAAAUAAGGAAAAAGUUUGACGAGAUCACCAAAGAGUGGAAACUCCUAAAGUUGCCUCAGAACGUUGGAAAGAGAAAGAGAAGCUCCUGGCCCCUAGUUGGGAACCGAGAAACAGGCUCUUUCGUAGUUGAAUCAGAGGUUCUUGGAAGAGAAAAGGAAAAGGAUAUGCUCGUUGAAUGGCUGCUGUCAGAGGAUGAUAUAAUAUGGAAUGAAGUUUCUGUAAUUGUUGUAAUUGGGAUGGGAGGACUGGGUAAAACAACACUAGCUCAGCUUGUAUAUAAUGAUCCAAGAGUGAAAAGCUAUUUCGAUUUAACAGGAUGGGUCUGUGUAUCUGAAAAUUUUCAUGUUGUUAGUUUGACUGAGAAGAUCCUACAAUCAUUUACAACAGUGAAAGUUCACGAAGAACUAGAUGAGCUCCAACAUGCACUACAAGAGAAUCUACAAGGAAAAAAGUUCUUACUGAUAUUAGAUGAUGUUUGGAAUGAAGAAUUCACUCUCUGGGAUGAAUUAAGAAAGCCCUUAGCAUCAGCUCAAGUGGUUAAAGUUUUAGUGACCACUAGGAAUCAAUCAGUUGCUAGAAUUAUGGGUACGAGAAGUCCUCUCAACUUGAAUUGCUUACCAUUUGAUGUAUGCUGGCAAUUGUUCAAGAGAGUCACUUUGGGAGGAGCAGAUAAGAGCCUACAACCACAUCUUGAACACCUUGGUAGGAAGAUAGUAGACAAGUGCAAAGGCUUACCUUUGGCUGUGAAGUUGCUAGGAGGUGCUCUCAGAAACAAAGAAGAUGUAGAUUCAUGGGAGGACAUACUAGAGAAUGAGAUGUGGGAAUCAGAAGAAACAAAUAAAGGAGUUUUACCAGCACUUAAAAUAUCAUAUGAUUGCAUGCCGAUCCAACUUAAAAGAUGUUUCCAAUACCUGUCCUUAUUUCCCAAAGACACAAGUUUAGAUUCAGAAGAAAUAGUCCGAUUAUGGAUGUCACAAGGUCUUCUUCCUCUUGAUGGAGAUAAGAGAGCAGAGGACAUAGGCAGAAAUUACAUAAAAAGAUUGGCUGAGAGGUCACUAAUACAUCUGAAAAGGGCCGACACUUUAUUUAUGAGAGAGCAAUUGAGAAAGCAAUCUUUUUCGUUGCAUGAUCUUGUUCACGAUCUUGCCCAAUAUAUAGCGCAGGAUGAAUGUCUUUGUGUGAUAGAUGACAAAUUCGACAUAGAGAAAUUGCAAAAGAUUCGACACUUGUCGCUUGGCAGAUCGCUGGUCAGAGAAGAUCCUCAUAUACUAAAACAUCUGGAGACAAUAAAAGAUCAUCAACAACUAAAACUCAUGCGGACACUUUUUAUUAAAGUACGAGGCUUGUUUGGGCUAACUUCUAUUAGAAGACAAGACAAAAUUUUUGGACCCCUUGAUGAUUUUUUCCAAAAAUUUGAAAACCUACGAGCACUCCAUUUAAGCAACAUCAUUGGCUUCAUAGGGCUACUGGAUUCGUUGGGCAAACUCAGACUACUUAAAUAUCUUUCUAUAAUAGAUUUCGAUGUAGUGGGUAUUCCAGAAUCCAUAUGCAGCCUUUACAACUUACAAACUCUGGAUCUGACAGGUACAAGUAUUUAUCAACUCCCAAGGCAAAUAGCAAAUUUGAUAAACUUACGUCAUCUUUUGCUUCCUCAUUACCUAAAUGUCUUUCUUCCAUCUGGAAUUGGAAACUUGAUCGACUUGCAGACACUCACCCACUUCGACUUCUGUUGUGAAAAAGAGCAUUGCGACAUAGAAGAAUUGAACACUUUGAUGAAACUUGGAGGGCAUAUCCUCAUUUCUAUUUCAACAUCUGUGAAUACUUUUUCAAACUCAAAACCCCCUCUGAAGACAAAAAAGUAUCUUGAUUCUUUGGAGUUACGUUGGUAUGGUUGGUAUGACGAUGCUUUUGACGGUUCCAAAAAAGAUGAAAAGAAUGCAGAGUGGCAGCUCGAGUACCUAGAACCGCAUGUCAAUCUCAAGACCCUUCGAAUAUUCUUCUAUCCGGGUGUCAGUUUUGUUGGAUGGGUGGGCUGUUCAUCCUUCACUAAGUUGACCUCUUUGAGUCUAUAUAGUUGUAACAAUUGCAAUAAACUUCCACCGUUGGGUCAACUUCCUUCUCUGGAAAUGCUCGAGAUAUGUGGGAUGGAUGGCGUUCAACAAGUGGGGCGUGAAUUUUGCUCCUUGCUAAUGGCAUCUCCAUCUUCUUCUCAAAAUAAAAUUGCAUUUCCCUCUCUAAAAUACUUGCACUUUAGCACAAUGCUACAUUGGGAAGUGUGGGAUGGAGUGGAGAUUGGUGAUUUCCCCCGUCUCCAAUUUAUUCAAAUUUCUAAAUGUUAUGUGCUAAUCAAGUUUCCUCAGUGGCCCUUUAUGUCUUCGAUGGAAGAAAUGACAUUGGAUAGUGGUGGUGUACCUGAUGUUUCAAAUUUCCAUUCAUUGACAAAUUUAAGCAUUGAUGUCAUCACUCAGAAAAAUACUAAGUGGCUGUCAAACUGUUACUUUCCAACGCUCCAACACUUGACAUUAUUAUAUAUCGGGAUGGAAUCUAUUCAUUUAUCACAGAGACGACUACCUUCACUGAAGACUUUAGAGAUUCAUGAUUCUAAAAAAUUGAGGGUCGUUACAGGGUUAAAGAAUCUCACCUCCUUGAAUUCUUUAAUUAUAAAAGCAUGCCCUAAUCUUGAGUUCCAGGAGUUGCCAGCCACCCUCGAACAAGUGAAGCUCAACAGGUGUCGUUUGUUCAAGAAAGGGUUCAAAGAACAACAGCAUAUGCGCAAUGUCUUGGGAGAUGGAGAUAAAUCUGGAGUUACGACUUUGAAAUGAUGGAGAGGAUGACAACAACGAUGAUAAAAACAUGGAUGAAUGAUCACAAGGAUGACAAGAGCAAAAUGGUAACAACAUAGCUCCCGAAUCUUGGUACGAUGAUACGAGAUAGAAUAAAUUCUCAUGCAAGUUGAACCACUCAUGAUAUUGAGCUGUUCGUUGGAGGGUUGGUCAAAUAUAAAAUUAGUUGUUUCGAAGAAUUGAAAAUAAUGGUAACAAGAAAGAUGAGUC